AUGACUGGACGCGGAAAGGGUGGCAAAGGUCUCGGAAAGGGUGGUGCCAAGCGUCAUCGCAAGAUUUUGAGAGAUAACAUCCAAGGCAUAACUAAGCCAGCUAUCAGACGUCUCGCGCGUCGUGGUGGUGUUAAGCGUAUCUCAGCCAUGAUCUACGAGGAAACUCGUGGUGUUCUGAAGACCUUUUUGGAGGGUGUUAUUCGCGACGCAGUUACCUACACUGAACACGCCAAGAGAAAGACAGUCACAUCUCUCGACGUUGUUUACGCACUCAAGCGCCAAGGACGUACUCUCUACGGUUUCGGUGGUUAG